UGCGACGACAGGUGGGACCUGCGCGACGCCAACGUCACCUGCCGCUACCUGGGCUGCGGCCACGCGCUGGAGGCGCCAGGUGGGGCCAGAUUCGGGAGGGGCCACGACCCGAUCUGGUUGGACGAGGUGGAAUGUUCCGGACUGGAGAGUUCCCUCCUGGAAUGUCCUGCCAAGCCCUGGGGGGAAAACAAUUGCUUCCACGGCGAGGACGCAGGUGUGGUCUGCUCAGGUGUGUCGGUGGUGACUCAGGUGCGCUUGACCAACGGCUCGACCCCGUGUGAGGGGCAGGUGGAGGUGACCCACAACGACACCUGGGCAGCUCUGUGUGACCAGGGCUGGGGCCUGCACGAGGCACAGGUGACCUGCAGACAGGUGGGAUGUGGCCCAGCCCUGGCAGCACCUGGUGGGUCUCGAUUUGGCCAUGGACAGGGGCAGGUGUGGCCAGAGAGUGUUACCUGUGCUGGGACGGAGGAGACGCUCUCUGCCUGCCAGGUGAGGCCUCAGGACAACCUCACCUGUCACCAGGGGAGAGCAGCAGGUGUGGUGUGUGCAGGUGAGCCCGAGUCCCCCCAGGUGCGCCUGGUGGGAGGCCCCACGCCCUGCUCGGGCCGCGUGGAGCUGUUCCACCUGCACAGGUGGGGCAGCGUGUGCGACGACGCGUGGGACCUGCGGGACGCGCAGGUGGUGUGUCGCCAGGUGAGCUGUGGGCGUGCCCUGAGCGCACCUGGCGGGGCCCAGUUCGGCCGGGGGGAAGGAAUCAUCUGGUUGGACGAGGUCAACUGCACAGGGGAGGAGACUCACCUGGCCACCUGUCCUGCCAGGCCAUGGGGGGUCAACGACUGCUACCACGGGGAGGAUGCAGGUGUGGUGUGCGAAGGUGCCCUGAGCCCAGAGCCGCAUUACCUGCGCCUGGCCAACGGCUCGCAUCGCUGCGCAGGUAGAGUGGAGCUGCUCCACCUGCAGCGCUGGGGCGGGGUCUGCGCCCAGGGGUGGAGCCACGAGGCCUCCCAGGUGCUCUGUCGCCAGCUCGGCUGCGGCACAGCCUUACCUGAGGCCCCGAGGGAGCAGCCCGAGGGCUCACCUGGCCAGGUGUGGCUGGACAAGGUGAUCUGCCAGGGCACGGAAACAAAGCUGAGGCAGUGCAGGAUGAGUCCCUGGGCAGAGCUCACCUGUGAGGACGGGAGAGUCGCCACCGUGGUGUGCUCAGGCUCCAACCUGUCCAGCCUGGCCCAGGUGAGGCUGGUGGACGGCCCAGGUGCGUGCGCAGGUCGCGUGGAGGUGCUCCAUGAGGGCACCUGGGGCACAGUGUGUGAUGACAGGUGGGACUUCGCCGCCGCCUCUGUCGUCUGUCGCCACCUGAGCUGUGGCCAGGUGAUCUCGGCCCCAGCCAGGGCCCGGUUUGGGCAAGGUAAGGGCCCCAUCUGGCUGGACGGAGUUACCUGCACAGGUAGCGAAGCUGCACUGUCCGAGUGUCGCCACAAGGGCUGGGGAGUGCACAGGUGUGACCACGCGGAGGACGCCGGAGUCGUGUGCUCUGGCUUGGCCGACCUGACUCACCUGCGCCUGGUUAACGGCUCGCACAGGUGUGCUGGGACCGUCCAGGUGUUCCACCAGGACCUGUGGGGAGGGAUCUGCGCCGACACCUGGCGCUCGGCUGCUGCACAGGUGGUUUGUCGCCAGGUGGGCUGUGGGAGGGCCCUGGCAGCCACCUCCACACAGGUGACAGCACCUGGGAGCGAAGGACUCACCUGGGUGGAGGCUGUGGAGUGCUCUGGGACUGAGUGGAACCUGCUGGAGUGUCAGGUGAAGGUGUGGAACAGCUCCAGGUGCAACCCCCCUGCAGCACCUGUGGGGGCUCACCUGGCCCCGGGAGAGCUGCUGUGGGAGCUCAUCUGCCAAGGGGGUGAGGUGUACCUGGAGGAGUGUCACCUGCAGCAGGUGGGACCUGCUACCUGUGCAACAGGUGCUGCUCAGGUGGUGUGUGCCCAGCCCAAAGGUGCACCUCGUACCUGUGAGGCUCUGGUGGCUCUGCUGGUGCUGGUGGUGGCACUCGCUGGGGUCCUGCUCUGGCUCACCUUGAGGACCAGGUUUGCUGCACUUGCCCAGGUGAAAGCUCACCUGAGGCCCCCAGCCUCCAUGGGAGCCAUUUACCUGCCCAGGAGAAACUCCCCAGGUGACGACUCAGUGCAGCUCACCAAGGAGGACCUGUGA